AUGGGACGUUUAGUCGUCCUCUCUGGACAGUCGGAUGGAGCGCGGUCGGUCGAUUAUCCCAGGAGUGUAACAUGGCAGAGACGAGACUUGGUCGAGGCGAGCGACACUACAACGCUUACCUAUGCACCUCCCAUCGGUCAAGGUGGAUGGAGAACAAGCACAUUGGAUAGAGGAUCCUGUGUAUCUGGAGGAACUAGCACAAUAGAACCUGGAAAUACCGUCACGUUCGCCUUUCAAGGAACCUCUGUUAGUGUCAACAUCGUCAAGAGCUCGAAUGGUGCUCCAUACAGCGUUUCGUUGGAUGGAAAUAUACAAGCAUUCGACUCUUUUGCAACGUCGCAGCAAUGUAGUACCGACUUCAAGGCGGACAACUUGACUGCAACAUCACAUACAAUAAUUGUUACACACCAAGGCAAUUCAACGCUCCUGGGUUUGGGGAGGUCGACGCUGUUUCUUGCAUCUAUCGAAUAUACACCUUCCAAUCACAAUUCAAACCCCACCACCCCAGUUGGUGCCAUUGUCGGUGGUGUAGUAGGGGUCGUCAUCUUGAUCCUCUUUGGCGCAUUCUUCUACUGGUGGUUCAGGAGGAGGAAGUUGAGGCAACAUGAGGAUGCCCGAAUUGUUGACGAAUACAAAGACGAGCCGCAGAAUCAGCCGCACGGGGUUCCCCCUGUCGGCGUCGAUCCCUUUGUGACCCCCGUCUUCGACUCCAAUCACCCACGCAAUGUUAACGAAUUUAAUGCACCUUUACAAGCCAAUGCAACCACGACAUCUGCUCAACCUGCGAGGAGGACAAAGGCAGACUAUUUCAAUGAGCAGAGCGGACGAUAUGGUGGAAAUAAUUCUCCUUGGGCAUCCCUGUCUGCUCAUGGUCGUUCAAAUCCGAAUAGCUCCAAUCCUCAACUGCAACAGCUGAGCUCUACCUAUAGCGGAAUGAGCGAGAGUCCUCCACCAACAACCAUCGCAUUGCACCAGUAUCCUCCUCGCUCUGCAACCGAAAACUCUUCAGAACCUGGGUCUUCAGAGCCCCGCCAGGUGUAUCAAAUACCAAGGAAUCCUCUUCAAACACUCCAGCAUCCUCAAUCAGGGUACGCUCCUGCGCCAUCCGAGGCUGGCGGAGAAUCUAUCGCGAUAGACCGUUCCGACUAUAUCCCCCCACCCUCUUAUUCGCCACCAUCAGCACAUUCCAUGCCAGCACCGUCAUUAGAUGCCAAGGCCACCUAUACGACCUCGAAUACCAACACCUUUUCUCCAUGGCAUUCGCAGUCCUCUCAUCAAGGACUUUCAGCCGCAGAUGUAGACGUCAUAGCGAAGAGAGUAUAUGACCUCAUGAGGUCAGGCUCGUCGACUGGAGGAAGUAGUGCUGGUGGUGGUUCCGGAGAUCCCAAUCGCCCUAGGGAUGAUCGAUUGUCUGCCAUGUCCGAGUCUGUCUACUCGGGGCUUCAAUCGGAAUUAGGUACCAGCGAUGCGGACCAGGCCCAAAUUCAACAAGCAGUCCGCCUCUUACUGGAGAGAGACCGGACCAAUUCUACAGCACCGGCAUCAGGAAAACAAGGACCCUAA